UACUGUUGUAAAAGAUUUUAGUAUCAAACUAAUGAAAAUAGCGAACGAAGUUAUGAUUCGAACGUGUGGGAAACCGAGCUCUUCAACGAGAUCAGUCGGCGCACGAUUUAUAGAACUAUUAUAUGUGAUUUUACGUUACAUUGGUGCGCGUAUUGGAUUGGUGAUUGAAACUAUCCCAAUCAAUAUGUUGUUUCAAGGGCCUCUUCUGUUCCACGUAUUCAUAAUAUUCAUCACAGUAUGCAUUAGAGAAGCGCUAAUAACUGCACAGUUAACCAGCACAGAAGUAAAUCCGUCGAUGCUAAAAACGACACCUGCGAUACAAACGAAUACAACAAUGUACGCGUGGAGUACGUGGGGUGCGUGGAGCUCGUGCUCGCGUUCGUGCGGCGGCGGCGUCGCCGUGCAAGAGCGCCAGUGUCUCCCACGGGAUCCCACAAGAUGGCGCCGCAGUAGAAAGAGGAGAAAGCUGACUAGGAGUGUGGAUCACACCCGCCGAGCACGGAACGUAAUAACACGCUCCGUACCCGAUUGUCCAGGCCUCGGGCGCCGCUACCACGAGUGUAAUACUGCGCCGUGUCCCGGUCCACGUCGUGACUCUCGUGCGGACCAGUGUGCGGUGUACGACCGCAGACCGUUCCGCGGACGCUUUUACACUUGGGUGCCAUAUGUUGACGGGAAUGCUCCGUGUAUUUUGAACUGCAGACCACGCGGCCAGCAGUUCUACGCAUCAUUAGCGCUGGUAGCUGAUGGUACACCUUGUACUAAACCCGGAUUUCGAGCUAUUUGUGUACAAGGAAACUGUAAAGUAAGUGUUUAA